UGUUAAUACCGAGCUUCGAUCAUAUCUCUCCCCGUUGUGGGUUGACGGACUCCACGCCUCUCAGAGCAGGACAUCCGGGAAUCUCGGCAAGGGCUGAAAUUACGUACAUCCAUGUCAGAUGGACACGAGUUCGCUGUAUGUAUGUACUUAGCCGUCCUCGGGGAACCCAUAAAUAGUAGAGUACCUACAACCAGGUACUCCAAGAUCCAUACACCUCCACAAUGACUCCUCCCGCUCAGAAGCUCCGUGAAUUCCUCGCCGAUCCUUCCAAGACCGUCGUCCUUCCCGGCGUAUACGAUGGUAUCUCCGCCCGUGUCGCAAUGUCUGUAGGCUUCGACGCCUUGUACAUGACCGGCGCCGGUACCGCUGCUUCGACCACCGGUCACCCUGACUUGGGAAUUGCUGGACAGGAUGACUUCGUCAGGAAUGCGAACAUGAUCACCGACGUUGCUGGCGACGUGCCGGUGAUCUGCGAUGCUGAUACAGGAUUCGGCGGUCCUUUGAACGCAGCACGAACAAUCAAGAUGUACGAAAGGGCCGGAGUAGCCGCCCUCCACAUCGAGGACCAGGUUCUGCCAAAGCGUUGCGGUCAUCUUGCCGGCAAGAUUGUUGUACCUCUCGAGGAUUAUCUCACCAAGAUCAGAGCUGUUGUUGCUGCUCGCUCAAAGGGACCUACUGCUCCUGUCAUCAUUGCUCGCACGGACGCUUUGCAGCCCAAUGGCCUUGAGGAUGCAGUUGCGAGACUGAAGGCUGCUUUUGCGGAAGGUGCUGAAGUGGCUUUCCUGGAAGGACUGCAGAGCAAGGAGGAUGCCGUCACCGCUAUCCAGGAGCUGGCACCGCAUCCCGUCUUACUGAACUUGGCUACCAAUGGAACGACGCCAAACUGGACAGUCACCGAAGCGAAACAGAUGGGCUUUAAGAUCGUUAUCUUCCCGGUGAGUCCAGAUCUACUGACACCGUUCCUCAUUAUACCUUAACUGACGGUCAAUCUAGCUCGCUGGUAUCUGUGCUGCUGCUCAUGCCCUCAAGACGGGUUACGAAGAG